GAGGCAGAAAAGAGGGGGAGAGAGAGAGAGAGAGAAAGAGAGCGCGCAGAGGAAAGAGCCUGGGAGAAGAGUGUGACUCGAGAUCGAGAGGGUGUUUUGGAGAGGAAGUUGUCCUGAAAGGGUGGGAUAAUGAAUAGACGGGAGGACUGACAGGAUCUGGUUGGUGUGGACAGUCUUGGAGGAGCUGUGACAGAACCAAAGAGAUAGAGCAUAUAGGAUGUGACUCCAGCUCCCUGUCAAGCGACCCAAGAGGGGGAAGAGAACAGGCGGACUGGACAGAGGAGAGGGGUGAGGAGAGCACCCCCGCUCCAGUCCACCCCUACUCCAGGCGUUCACCGUCAGCAGAAACCCUAAUGCGAUCAAGAUGGAGCCUCAAGCUAUCUUUGGAUUUCAUACUACCCUCCGGCGUGCAGGCUGGCUCCCGUUUCCUUCUCUCCCCUCCCCAGGAAAGGUAGCGUCUGUGAUGAACUGGAUUAGAAUCUGCUAACCCUGAGAGAAUUCCUGGACCUGGAUUUACUGUAGCACCAGAGUCAAAUGAAAAGGGGGAUUCGUGUUUUCUUUAAAAAAAACUUGAAAGAUCAAAUUUGUUUGUGACUCGGCUAUGAAUCCGACUUUGAUUGAUGGUUAGUUCUUCAACCCCUUGAAGUGUUUACCCUCUGGUUUUAACUGCUACUGUGUGGGGCUCAACCUACGACAGAACAUCUCGUGGUCAGAGCAUUUUACAGUGAAACAAGCCACCUUGGCACUUCAAAGUGGCGUGCGGAUUUCUCCAUUGGAAUACGUCUUACUUACUUCAACAGGAGUGCAAGUUCUAAAUAGUCUAGUGAUGCGGUAGUUUAUGUCAGAGGCUGAAGUCCCCACCCAACACCAUGGCUAGCAUCCAGAACUGGUCCUGAGGAUGUACAAGGUUCUUGCUGUUUAAUCUGUCUACAAGAAUCUGCCCAGGAAAUAUUAUUUCCCUUCUUACAUUCCUUCCCAGUAAAUGUAACAAGCCAACAGCCUGCUGGAGGGAGACAUGCACGCACGCGUUUGAGGUAGAGACCCACUAAUCGAUUCAAAUAAAACACAAGCUCAGUAGAGCUGCGCCGCCAUUUUGGUUCUACAUCUUCUAAAGGCUCUAUGGGAUAGAACAAGAGCUGUAUCGGCUGGUCCACCAUUUUGGCUCUAAAUCUUCUAAGGGCUCUAUGGGAUAGUAGUGGGUGACGUCCCACUAUGCCUGUUGCCAUACGAAAAAGAAGGUGGGAGGAUCACGUGACCCAUCGCUCAGGUCUAAAAUACAGUUUCGACGACCUUGACCUCGUCUGCUGCCAUGUCGUCAGCAUUGACCGGCCUCGUUCUCGGGUUGCGUCGGGUGGUUCCAAGCAGGGGCGCAGGGUGAGAUGUGCCUCAAUGCCAGAGUGCUGUCACCAGCCAUGUCCCGACGGCCUCAGCGAUGACCCCGGUCGCACGUUUGGGACAUCAGUUAAUGCAAAGGACAGUGGCGAUCUCUCUGAGCCUGGGCACGUGGUUACAGAAGGCGACUGUGAUUCAGCUGUUGUCCCUGUGUUCGAGGCCGGCCUGGAAGACGGCUCUGGUGGUGCUUUUGUAGACGAUGACCUCACUGGAGGGCAGAAGGAGUCUGAACCUGCACAAAUGACGGACGCUGGCGAGGACGCUGUUGGCAGCCAAUCUCUCAGUGACCUCAGCGAUGGGAUUCUUAAGCCAAAUCCAAACAUCUCCUGCACUGCUGAUAGUGGUCAUGAGAAUGGGAACACUGAUAACGAGCAUCCCGACGCUGUUGAUGACUGCGGCCGUGUCGUUGUUCAGUCUCCCUCUGUUGACAAAGGACAAAGAGCCUAUUCAGACAAUGGACAUUUCAAUGUUGGUGAGCUAACUGGCAGAUGUCCAGAACUCCAGGAGACAAUGGCCGAUUGCACAGACCAACACGGUGGACCUCCAGAACAUUCAGAGGAAACACAGAGAGGGUCUGCUCGUUCUGAACUCGAAUCCAAAGGGGACCUGUUCACCUCGGAUGAAAGUAACGUCACUGACCAAAGUGAAAGAAAUGAUGAAAUUCACCUGGAGAGGGUACUGGAUUGCACAAACAAAUCGGAGAAUGAGAGAGAUGAAAUAUCAGAUGUUAUAGCUGAGAUCUUGGAAGCCCCUGUUACAGAAGUUGUGGAGGCGGAAGGUAUGGAGGUGGGAUAUGUUGAGGACGAUGCCUUAGCGAGUAAAGCUGCAGAAAGUGUUAAAGACAUUGACAGACUGAGUGUUCAGAUUAAAGAUGAUGAAAUUGGCUAUGAAUCCGACCAGAUUUUGAGGGGACGUUGUUCCGUGUCAGCCGACAGCAGUUGUACAGAACAAAAGCAGAAUGAGAUCUGCAGGAAUGAUGAGACGCCAAGUUGUGAAAGAGCUUUGGACCAGACAGAGUUGAGAAAGGAUGAUGUUGAAAUGGAGAUGGAAGGAAACCGAGGAGAGAAAAGGGCUAUUGGAAGUAACUAUGAGAAAGCCCCGGAAGACAAUUCAAGUGUACCCUUUGUGAUGGAUACGUGUGUCACAGUACAACAUUCUGAGGAACUAGAGAAUAACCCAUUAGCUGGACAGCAAAAUCUGGAAAAUUCUAAAGUGUGCAAAAUUGAGGAACUGCCCACUAGAGAAGAUGUGAAUAUUCUUGCGAGACAUGUACAUGGUGAUGACCAAACGAUGGAGAAUAUAAGUGGUGCCUUGGUUUCCGAAGACUUGGCAUCUUCUGAAGACGAAACGUCUGCUGUAACAUCCAAAGUUCAGGGACUGUACAGUGAUAGUAGCUCAAAACUGGACACCAUCCAUGAGAUUAACCAUUCUGAGUCAGAGACUGCUGACCCAAAAAUAGAAACUCUCAGUCAAUCACUGUGUCCUGAGAAGGCAAACGAUCCAAUGCCGGAAAGAUGCCACAGCAAUUUGUUAGCCCCUGUUAGCACAUUAUGUGAAUCACCUGUUCUAGCAGCAACAGACAGCCACAAAGAACAGGACAGGCCUGGUGAUAAAGAAGGUACAAUGGAGUUAACUGAGGAAGUAGCGGAGCCAGGUGACUGCAGAAACCCUCCCCUUGGCAACAAGGUUUUCGAUGUGAAAGUCACAUCCCAGGAUGACAAGGAGGAGGACCAUGUGGUGAGACUUCGCACAAGAAAGAGUUCUAGGGAGGAGAGGGAGCGUUCCCGUUUGGACUCGAUGGUGCUGCUGCUGAUGAAGCUGGACCAGCUGGACCAGGAGAUCGAGACUGCCCUCAGCUCCUCGUCCUCCAUGGCCAGCACCCCCACCCUCAAGAGACACGACUGCCUGGAGGUGGAUGGCUCAGUCACCACCACUGGGACUGGUUCAGGCGCCUCCCUUUCUGUGACUCCUUCACAACAGCAUGAAGCCCAAACCACAUCUCCUGGGCCUACAGCUGCUACAGGAACCAAACCCAAAACUGGGAGCCUGCCCACCGUGCCCGGGACCAAUCAGAAGGAGAUCGAGGCCAAAGAAGCGUCGGCGUGGCUCAGAGCGGCCGGUUUCCCGCAGUACGCCCAGCUCUACGAAGAUGGUUUGUUCCCCAUUGAGAUAGAAUCUGUGACCAGGGACCAUGAUUUCCUGGACAGGGAUGCCAUUGAGGCUCUGUGCAGGAGAUUGAACACCCUCAACAAGUGUGCCCUGAUGAAACUCGACAUCUCCCCGCAGAGGAAGAGAAGUGAGGAUUCAGAUGAGGACGAGCCGUGCGCCAUCAGUGGCCGCUGGACCUUUCAGCGGGACAGCAAGCGCUGGUCCCGUCUGGAGGAGCUGGACGUCUUCUCCCUCCCGGGGGCUGACCAGCCACCCUUCCCCCAGGACCAGAGGCCCGCGGCUGGGCAGGGCAAGCUCCGCGAAGGCCUGAGCUCAGAGAGCGUGCUGACCGACGUCAGCGAGCAGCCCGAGGUGACCUCGCUCCACAGUGGCGGGAGCGACGUGGGGAGGGGCGUGGCGGGGAAUGCCGACGGUGCCAAGCCCCGUGACGCCACGGCUGGCGCCACCCGUGCCAGCUCCGUGGCCAGCGUUUGCUCCUCCUCGGGCACGGGGGGGUCGUGUGGGAUCAACGAGGACUCGCUGUCCGACGGGCCCCCGCCAUCGCCGCUGGAGACCGCCCUGAGACGCUUCACUUUCGAGGGCAAGUCCGGCAGAACCGCCGGGACGGGAGGAACGGAAAUGAGAACGCGAGAGGCGGGCGGCGGGAAGAGUACCCGAUCGCGGGCCAAAAGCUUCCUGAAGCGAAUGGAGAGCCUCCGUCUGAGGAGCACCUCGUCCAGCAGGAAGAAGAAGGGCGUGGCGGGCAUCGCCCGGUUGGAGAUCAGUGGACCUGUCAUCAAAGAGGGACUGGACGAUGACAAGCUCCGGCGCCUCAAUUGCGUCGACAUCUCCAGCCUCGACCCCACCCUGACCGCGACCCUGAACCGCAACAGGAGCGUGUCCUACUCCACCCAGACCAGCAGCGGGAGCACCGGAAGCACGGGCAGCAGCCAAUCAGAAGCAAGCAGCGGGAGCGCCGUCAGCACCCCAAGCCCGGUGACGCGAGCCCGAAGCCACAGCACCGCGGCCGGGUCCGGCAAGAGAGGCGGGAUGUACCUGGAGGGAUAUGACCCGUUAAGCGAGUUCCUGCAACCGCCUCAAAAACCUCCCGGUUCCGCUCGACCCAAAAGAGCGCAGCAACCACCCCAGCAACAGCCCGGCAACCAGACGGUGGCGGAGCAAAACUGCCAGAACCGCGGUGGCCUGAGCAAGCGAGGUCGCCUCAACGGAGAAAUGGAAGAUGAGGAUGAGGAGCAGGGCGUGAUAUUCUUUUACCUCCCCGAAGGCCAUAAACCCGGCACGUUCCCCAAAGCACUCGGCGAUGGCAAACUACCGCCUCAGACCAGAAACAGUCAGAGUGUUUCCCUCCCCACCGGCGAGCGCCAGUGCGGCAGCCGACGCCAAACACGCCGCAGUUCCACGGGCUCGGCGGAAAGUCGCCUCAGUUUCUACGACAACGUGCCUGCCACGGCGUAUUACUGCGAGGAGGAGGACGAGCAGUACGGGGAGGGGGAGGAGCCUAAACUGGAGGAGGUGCUAGAGCAAGUCAGCGGCAUGCAGCGAUUUGUCAACAACUGGACGGACGGGGUGCCCGUGGGCGAAGAGGAAGACGAGGAGGAGGAAGAGGAGGAGGAAGAGGGGGAUUCGGAUUCCGCGCUGGAUUCGGCUUCGCCGUGUCCGUCCUCUCCUCUGCAGAACCGCCUGGAGGAGACGGAGAACGGGAGCGACCAGGACAGCACAGGCAACCCUCUGAGAGAAGGAGAAGGAGAGGGGGAGGAGGGAAGGAGGGAGAGGAGGGACUCUGGAGUGGGAGCCUCUCUCACCAGAUCCAACCGGCCGCAGAAGUUGCGCUGGCCCAGUUUCCAGGCAUCUCACCGGCCAAGUCACUCCUGGGCCCGGCUGCAGAUAGGCUGCCAGUCAGUACUGCAGAUGAACCUUCUCCAGAAGCUGUCUCUGCUGCAGCUCACAGCACUCCUGGAGAAACACACCCCCACCAAUAAGCACGGAUUCAGCUGGGCCGUGCCAAAGUUUAUGAAGCGGAUCAAGGCACGGGACUACAAAGACCGAAAUGUGUUCGGUGUGCCUCUGUUACUCAAUGUCCAGCGUACCGGUCAACCUCUGCCCCAGAGCAUACAGCAGGCCAUGAGAUACCUGCGCAGCCAGUGCCUCGACCAGGUCGGCCUGUUUAGGAAGUCGGGCGUCAAAUCCCGUAUCCAGGCGCUGCGCCAGAUGAACGAGGCGUGUGGCGCAGACGGGGGAGGAGUCAGCUACGAGGGCCAGUCGGCGUACGACGUGGCCGACAUGCUGAAGCAGUACUUCAGGGAUCUGCCCGAACCGCUGCUCACCAGCAAACUGACAGAGACCUUCCUGCAAAUCUAUCAGUACAUGCCCAAGGAGCUGCGUCUCCAGGCCUCCCGCGCGGCCGUGCUCCUGCUGCCCGACGAGAACCGCGAAGCCCUGCAGACUCUCCUGUGUCUGCUGAGUGACGUCACCGCCGCCGUGGCCGAGAACCAGAUGACCUGCGCCAAUCUGGCUGUGUGCCUGGCGCCCUCGCUCUUCCACCUCAACACGCUGCGCCGCAAGGAGAGCUCCUCGCCCCGGGUGAUGAACAGGAAGCAGGCGCUCGGUAAACCCGACCAGAGGGACCUCAACGAGAACCUGGCCGCCACCCAUGGUCUAGCACACAUGAUCCAGGAGUGCCGGAAACUCUUCAGGAUCCCAGAGGAGAUGAGUCGCUGCAGGAACUCCUACUUGGAGCAGGCCCUGAUCCCCCUGAAACUGGAGGAGCUGGGAGGUUCCCCUCGGGGUGACGGGGGCGCCGGUAGCCCCCCGGGAUACAGGGCCUACCUCCGGGAUAGCCUGGACGCUCUCCUAAAAGAGGCCAAGGACAAGUUCAAAGGUUACGACAGCUGCUCCACCCCGGAGCAUGCCGAGCUGGCGUACAAGAAGGUCCACGACGGCUCACCGCUGCGCCUGUGGAAGGCGUCCGUGGAGGUGCCCGCGGGCCCCGAAGAGGUGCUGACGCGGGUCCUCAGGGAGCAGGGUCGCUGGGACGAGGACCUGAUCGAGAGCCGGGUGGUGGAGGUGCUGGACGAGCGCGCCGACGUGUACCAGUACGUCCGGAACACCAUGGCCCCCCACCCGGCCAGGGACCACCUGGUGCUGAGGUCGUGGGCGACCGACCUACCGAAGGGAGCGUGCGCGCUGGUGUGCACGUCGGUGGACCGCGACGGGGCGCCGCUGCUGGGUGUCCGGGCCAAUGUGCUCACCUCCCGCUACUUCAUCGAGCCCUGCGGGAGCAACAAGUCCCGUCUCACACACAUCUCCCGGGUGGACUGCAGGGGUCGUUUCCCAGAAUGGUACCAUAAGCUGUACGGACAUCUGUGCGCCACAGAGGUGGUGCGGAUACGUGAGUCCUUCACCGCUCCGAUGGAUAAGUGAAGGGACCCGGAGAGCUCCACUUGAUUCCUGGGAUCGACGUGACAGAGAGGAGGCGCCCUGGUAUUCAAAACGCUGUCCUUACCCCCCCCCCCCCCCUCAGUUUGCUACAGCGGUGACCCUGGUCGGGGGUCAAGCCACUGACGCGGACGGCGCUCUCGGCGGACCGACCGGGGGCGGAGAGUAGUCUGACUGGACAUGGUUGUCGUUCGUAGACCGUGUCAUCAUCGUCCCAGUGACGUUACCGUCUGCGACCUCAUUCAGUCAGAGGGUCCGACGUGGAGCCCUUAACGUUGUUUUAAAGAGAUUUGCUCAGUUUCUUGUGCCAAAGUAAGCGCGUCUGAGGUGAAAGUGGGUCUCACCCGUCCAAAUAAGCAGAAGACUGUUACAGAGUCCAUGGGCCAACAGGAUGUGACAUCACCGUCCGUGGAUGGGGAGUCACUCUUCAGCCAAGAGAGACCAUAUGUAGGAGGGGUUAGGGAGCUAUUGCUUCUGAGAAGCAUGAGGGUGUGUUUGUGUGUUUGUGUGUGUGUGUGUGUGUGUGUGUGUGUUUGUGCAUUCAAAAUGAAUGGAUGAACAAUUAGACAUUAUGCACUGGCUCCCAGAUGCAAUAUAGUGUGUAUAUACAAUAUCCUGCACCUGUUUGUUUUGCUUUUUCCUGUUGCUUUGUGUAAGUCUGUGUGUGUGUGUGUGUGGGGGGGGGGGGGGGCAAGAGCGUUUGAGUGUUUUAUCGUAUUAAAGCGAAUGGAUGGAUUAUUCGAUACCUACAGUGGGCCUAAUAUUUGUGUUAAUGUAUUGGAAAUAUGCAAUUUCUUUUCUUUGGUUUGACAAGCGGGGUGUGGUGAGAUAAUCCUUGGUUGACUGACAGGAAGGAACACUAAGCACAGAGUGGGUUUAUCUGAUGGAAGAUGACAUGAAAUGGUGGCUGGAACACCAGUAGAGUAAGAGAUUUAAGGCAUGCCAAAAACUAACGUGGAGACUAAGAUAUUGGUGGCCCAAAGGUUUUGUGAAAUUAAAAGCAUUUUAUGGAUGCAGAGAAUAUAGACGGCUGUCACUGCUUCAGAAAGCACAG